CCCUCCGCGCGCUCCCUCCCGCCCUCCGCGCGCUCCCUCCCGCCCUCCGGCCUGUCCUGCGCAGGCCGGCUCUCCGCGACCCGCCGGCCAUGGUGAACUUGGGACUGUCCCGGGUGGACGACGCCGUGGCCGCCAAGCACCCGGUAGGCUGGGUCCAGGUGUCCUGGGGUGUGGAGACCUCACCCUCCUGUCUCACCCUGACUCCCCAGCAGGUGGCGCCAGGUUGCCUGUCUGCAGGUGCUGGGAGCCCGGCAGGCAGUGGUGUGACCUUCGGCCUGCAGAUGUUCAUUCAGAGGAAGUUUCCGUACCCCUUUCAGUGGAACGUGCUGGUGGCCGUGGUUGCAGGCUCAGUGGCCAGCUACUGGCUGACCCGAGUGGAGUCACAGAAAUGCAGCAACCUCUGGCUCUUCCUGGAGACGGGGCAGCUCCCCAAAGACACAGGCACAGAUCAGCGCAGCUAGCAGAGCUCCAGCCGGGGCACAGAAGACCUGGGCCGGAGAGUUCUAGAACAUGGCCUGCAGCAUCUCCACACCCCAGGCUGCCCUCCCCCACCACAAAGGCCUUCCACAUACCCUAAGUGCCCCCACCAUGUCCCCUGCACACAAGCACAGGCAGGUGUGCCAGGCCCGUGCAGACCGUCCCUGCCCCAAGCCUGGGCCCUGCCCGGGUCAAGCCAGAAAGGACGGCGGGAAACGUGGUGGAUGCUGAGAGCCGAGAGCAUCAUCCCUGUCUCAUGCACGCAUUUGGGGGCAGCAGCUCUGGGGCGCGUGGUGGAGGGGCUUCUGCACCUCUGGUGCUCUGACACCCCCUUUCUGGGCCCUGCAUCCCCCUCAGUCAGAGGUGACGGCUGCUGCUGGGGGUUGUGGGGGUAAUAAACACCCUGUUCCCACCUGAAUUCUAAAGCAAUUGGGAAACUAGUCAAAGCAGCAAGAGAAAGAGUCACAUUUCACCUUGGUACCGUACAGCUGACACUGGAGGACGUGCUGGGCAGUUGCUAACAACUGACUCAGAAUUAGACACUCCUGUGGGCCCUGUAAGACCAUCGAGGCCACUCUACAUGGGGCUCUGUUUUCGUACAGUGUGGCCUGGAGGAGCAUGCCAGCCAGAACAGGUGUGUGCCAGUCAGCACCUGGCUCCCAAGAGACAAGGGACAGGAAGUGGCCAUGCCACCUGCCUUUCAUUUCAACACACUUGUCAGAUUGAGUCACUUCUCUCCAGGAGAGGAGCAAGGGAGAGGCAGAGGAGGCCAGAGCUAGCUUACAGGAGCUCUGUCCACGUGGCAGUAAGCAGGCUCUGCCUCCGGCCUUGGGAAGACGGGUGGGAGGACAGGAGCAGACCAUGGCCGCAGCAGUCCCUUCCACCUCCCCGUGGGCAGGGCCUGGGCUCAGAGGGAGGGCCAACGGUGAACUUGGAGUUUUAGGUGGGAUUGGACUCACUUUAUAAAAACUGGGGAAGGGAGAGGAUCUGUGAGAGGUCAGAGGAAGAUGGGUGCUGUGACAGCACAUGGCUGAAGGCCAUUGUCACGGCUGAACUGUGUGCCCCAAAUUCCCAUGUUGUAGCCCUAACCCCCAGGACUCCAGAAUACGACUGCCUUUGGAGAGGGGGCCUGUAAAGAGCUGAUUAAGCUAACGUGAGGGUGGGCCCUGAGCCAGUCUGACUAGUGUGCUCAGAAGAGGAGGAGAUUAGGACACAGGUGGGCAGAAGGACGACCACGUGAGGACACAGGGAGAAGACAGCAUCUACAAGCCCAGGAGGGGGGCCUCAGGAGGCACCAGCCCUACGACACGUUGAUCUUGGACUUGCAGCCUCCAGGAUGGCAGACAAUAAAUUCCUGUUGUGGAA